UCAAUCAGGGCUGUUACCACGCGACGGAAAUCAAAGUGUCUUUGCAGCAGAGAGAGAGAGAGAGAGAGAGAGAGAGAGAGAGAGAACUGCUACAACACACCACUCAUCACCGUGCAGUGGAUACACAUACACUCACUUCACGACCAAGAUGAAAGUUUUGGAGGUCGCUUUGUUGUUACAAAGUUGCAGUUUCAUGUAACUGUUGCUACGUGUUUGACUUAAUUUGGUCUUGGUAAUUCGGUUAGCUAACUACUAACUAACUGUUAAAAACGAACUACCUAGAACAAAGUUCACAAAGUUAGCGCUCUUGUUUUGCACGUCGUUAGAGUUAGCAGCGUUCAGAAGUGUAUUAUCAGGUAAAUUACACUCCAUAGCAGUAAUUUAUUCCGCCGUUAUGAUUCCUGAAUGUCCGUCUCGGACCGUCGAGGCGAGAAACCGCAGCCGGUGGCAUGAAGGCGCUCAGAGUCGCUCCGGUUUACUGUGCGACAUCCACUGUGUGAUCAAGAGAGAGCCGUUUACCGAGCAUUACACUCUCAUCCCGGGGAAAGAGCUGGGCAGGGGGAAGUUUGCAGUGGUGAAGAAGUGUGUCGAGAAGACCACAGGUCAAGAAUAUGCUGCCAAGUUCAUGAGGAAGAGGAGGAAGGGCCAGGACUGCAGAGCGGAGAUCAUUCAUGAGAUCGCUGUGCUGGAGCUGGCAUCAUCCUGCCACCGAGUGGUCAACUUGCACGCAGUCUAUGAGAUGCCCAGUGAGAUGGUGCUUGUUCUAGAGUUUGCUGCUGGUGGAGAGAUCUUCAACCGGUGUGUUGCAGAGAGGGAAGAGGCCUUUAACGAGGAAGAUGUGAAGCGGCUGAUGAGGCAAAUCCUGGAGGGUGUAGCUUUUCUCCAUAAGAACAACGUGGUUCACCUGGAUCUGAAGCCACAGAACAUUCUCCUGACCAGUGACAAUCCUCUCGGGGACAUUAAGAUUGUUGACUUUGGCCUCUCAAGGAUGGUGAGCAGUAAUCAGGAACUCAGAGAGAUCAUGGGAACACCUGAAUAUGUUGCCCCAGAGAUUCUUAAUUAUGAGCCCAUUAGCACAGCCACUGAUAUGUGGAGUAUUGGUGUGCUUGCAUAUGUGAUGCUGACUGGUAUGUCUCCAUUCCUUGGAGCCGAUAAGCAGGAGACCUUUCUCAACAUCUCCCAGAUUAACGUGAGCUACACAGAGGAGGACCUGGAGCAUCUGGACAAGGCGGCCAUUCACUUCAUCAAGUCUUUGCUCAUCAAGGAGCCUGAGGAUCGUGCCACUGCAGAGGAGUGCCUGAAACACCAGUGGCUACAAACACAGGAGACAGAUUCUGCAGAGGAGAAGGGAAAGAACACCGCCUCCUCCAUCCCUGAGCCAGUCAGCACAGCUGUCGCCACUCAGUGCAGUGACGAGGAUGUUGAGGAGGAAAGCAGACUGACGGAGGAGCUCAUCGUCAUGGCAGCCUACACUCUAGGCCAGUGCAGGCAGUCCUCAGACAAGGAGAGCCUGACCCCAGAGCAGAAGGCCAUCUCAAAGCGCUUCAAAUACGAAGAGCCCUUCCCAGGCCUGCAGGAGGUGCCGGGGGAAUUCAUCUUCUAAACCCCACAAUGGCCAGCCAGCCACUAAGCUCCAACUAACGCUGCACUUCUGACAAGUCUUUUGCUUGUGUUUUUUGUCUUCUUCUCAUCUUUUAAUCCACUUGUUUAAGCCAAACCGUAUUGUUGUUUUUUAUUUUUUUAAUGUUACAUUUUUCUAGGUUUUUUUGCUGUUUUAUGUUUAUGGGAUUAUAUUAUAAAAGACUAAGCCUUUGUAUGGUACUUAGUUGCUCUCUUUUGCGUGGUGUUUUCCCCCCUGCAUGUGCCAUGUUUGUUGCUCUGUGACAAUGCAGGCCAUCAGAUCCCUCUUCUAUACAUCUCCUAUUCCUUGUUUUCCCUUGGUUCCUUUUUCCAUUUCAUUACUACUUUGCCAUUUUGGUAAACAUGUGCGUUGGUUGUGCAGGAGGAGAGCAGGGCUGGUGAAAUUAUAUGUAAAUUAAACUAAUUUUAAUUAUGAGUUAUGUCUGUACUUUUAAAAAGCCAUGUUGUCUGUUCAGUUCCUGACUUGUUCAUGUCCAACCAUUCAUAGGGAAAUAUUCUCUAGAAAUGGCAGUUUCGCCCAUGACACAGUGUAUAUUAUUGCCUUUUUAAAUGUCCGUUCGUUAUGAAUUGGUCCGUGUAAAGAGUGCAUCUUUUGAAUGACAACACUUUUCACAGUGAUUGUCCUGAUCUUGUAAAUAAAAGUUCCUCGUUGAAGAA